ACCGCCUCCCGCGCCGUCUCGUGAGCUGCGGGGAUAUCUCGCGUAUCUGCGGGUUUUUUUUUGUUGUUGUUGUUAAGUAGGGCGUGUUUAUUGAAGUAUUUCUGUUUGCGCGCGCGCGUGUGUGUGUGUGCGCGCGCGCUUUGCGCACAUUGAGGAGGGGAUCCUCCUGUUGUGUCACAGGAAGUUUGGGAACCUGCCCACUGCAAUACUGGCGAUAUCUCAUGUGAGAGAAGUCUUGUUUUUCCGUCGACCAAAGGGUGGCCUUGAAGUGUGCUCAGGUAACUUCAGUUUGUCAGCGCGAGUCGGCUUAACUUUCUGAUGUGUAAAAAGACAGUACGUGCCUGGCAACAAUAUCCCACUGGAAUACACAGGGAGUGUCCUGAUGUAAUGGACUAAUGACGGCGGUUAUAGCGGUUUAGUGCAGACGGAGAUCUAUGAAUAUAUUGGCCAAUAUGUUGAGGCUGCAGAAGAGAUGACGAACAUGUGGUGUCCUCCUGUCAGAAACACACACUUCCUCUGACACAUGGCUGACAGCGGGAGACGGAAGGGGCAAGAGAGAGUGCGGGACUGACACACACACGCCCAGAGAGAAAGAGGCAGUCAGCCAUCUGUAGUCGCUCCCCUGCUAUUCUGCAGCUGUGUUGGAGUCAGCGAAUGGUUCUCAACUCCGUCAGGACUUCAGAAACCACAGGGUGAGAUUCGGAGGUUCUUCCAGCAUCUCAUUGCCUGGGGGAUGAGCCUAGGCUGGGGCAAUGUUAAGGCCUCCCUGGCCUCGGAUUAGGCCCCUGGGGCUGCUUAUUUGGAGGGAUGGGUGAGAUCCCAGCUGGAUCUUCUGCUGUCGCUUUCUUCCACGACUGUCAUUAGUGGCUAAUGAGCUGCUGCUAGAGAGGAAACGGGGAAGGUGCCUGUGGAGAGAGGAGGAAUCUUACAGCUGUUAUUAAGAGGCCCAGAGAGCUCAGACAAGGAAUUCUCUGCGUCUGCAAGAGUGUGGAAGCUUUAAAGCUCUUUCGGGCACAAGCAUGAAAGGAUAUCGACUUUGUAAGUUUUUGCUGUAAACAUUUCUUGAGAGAUGUUUAUUGACUUUUUUUUUUUUUUUGCUACAGCAUUGUGUGUCUGUUAAUGCUGUCACCGUGGACAUAAAAGACAUUUUUCUUCAGUAAGAUGAUUCACUAUUUUUACUGUUUUUUGUCUUUCUUUUUAACAUUUUAAUUGAAAAGGAUUUUUUUAAAAACUGUAUUGAUUUGUUUUACACUUGGAUAUUAUUUUGAAUUUCAUAUGCCCUGAAGGACGCUGGUCACCAUGGCUGCAGCCUAUCGUGUAGUGGUGAGCAGUGUGAGCUGUUACAACAGUGUGGUUGUGGACCGCCGCAGUCACUCCCAUGCUGUGCACUACUGCUCAGGUCCAUGUGGGGCGCUGUCCCAAGGACUGGACUGUACUGUUGCACACCGCGGCACGUGCUCUGAACUGCUUGUUGUGCCUGACCCCGUAUACAGUAACCCUAGCAAUUCACUCACACACUCCCAUAACAUUAUCAGUCAACAACUGCCUAGCCCUGGUAAAAUUCAUGUUACCAUGGAUGCUAGUUAUAAUGGUGGUCUAGAGAGGGCAAGCAGCAGUGGCAAUUUGUCUUUGGGGGAGGACAGCCCCACGUGGCGUGGUAAAAAGACCACCACUGUCGCAGGAUCGACUGGGAACCUGAGCUCCUCUGGCAGUCUGAAGGAUAUUACUGAAGAGGCCAUCAACUUGGCCAGUGGUAAGCUCAAAGAGUUUUCUUUUGACAAGCUCCGCCUCUCCUCCUCCAGCCACGUCACCUUUCGGAAAGGUCGCAAGGUCCGUCCUGACUCUUUCAGUCGUCGCUCCACCGACCUAGAGAUCAUCUAUGGCCACUUCAGCUCCCAUGUUACCACAAAUGGAAUGACUAAUGGCAUGACCAAUGGAAUCGCUAAUUCUAAUGAUGAGAACCUGCCACCCUUUGUGCCAGGGAAAGGAGCAGGUCUGGAGGAGGCAAAGCUAAAGGGAAGCACAGGAACCUUGUCAGCCAUCACCAAAGUUGGUGGUGGAUCAACAGGCAGCCUGUCAAGUGUUGGGUCUUUGGACCAAAGUCUGAACACAGUGGCCUCCCUGUAUCUCAACACUCUGGGAGAGGAGAACUUGAUUUCUCGUUUGUUAGAGAAAACACGAGCUGAGGCAGGUCCUGGGGGGGCAGGCGGAGAGGACAUCCGUGCCUGCCUUGAUAUUCUGCUUAAAUGCUCUGAGGACCUCAAGAAAUGCACCGACAUCAUCAAGCAGUGCAUCAGACGCAAAGCUGGUGGAGGUUCAGAGGAUGGAGGAGCGAGUCCUGACAGUGUGUAUCGAGCCGUGAUGACCCGACUUAGCUCCUAUUUGAAGAGACUGCCUCUGGAGCUAGAGGGAAUUGGAAGUUUGGGAGGCAGUGGGCAGGGGGUCCCUGGAAGUGAUCUUGCCGAGCUGGUCAACACUCUUCACUCCAUCCAGCAGGGGCCGUACUCUCCAAUAUUUGGAAAUGAGCAACCUCCUCGCUAUGAGGAUGUGGUGCAGUCACCUCCUAUCUCAAAGACAUGUUCUCAUUCUGGAUCAUCAACUCCCUCCUCUGUUUUAUCCUCUUCAUCUUCUUCAAAGUCAGACUCCAUCCAUACCAAACCAGUCCAAAGCUCCCCAUCUAAAACUACACCACUUAUCAAUGGACUGCAACAUUCACAUUCUUCUCCUAUCACACAACACACACUCUCUCCCCCAUCUGUCACAUGCUCGUCUUCCAGAUCCUCUCCAACACACUCCCCUUCACCUCUUCGUACUUCCCCGACCCCACCAUACACUCACACUCCUCCAGCAUCCCCCAUGGAGGCUCUGUAUAUUGAAGAGGAGGAAGCAGAUGUGGAUAGGACACCAGAACAAGUCUCACAACAGACACACACUUCAACCAGAGGGGUGAAAAUUACACAGAACAAAAAUGGGACAACAUUGGGCCAACACAUGCACCCUUCACAUGCUUUGCUGGCUAGUGCUGGCUACAGCCCCACUUGGCCCUCCUCCGCCACACAAACUGUCUCAGCACCCACAGGUGUCUCACACAGGAAUGAUGACAUUGACAAGCUGCUAAUGGACUUAGAGAAUCUGUCUCAGAGUAUGAGUCAUCCCAGAAACACCGAGCCUCCACUUCCAGCCAAAACCAGGAAGAGAGAAGGAGGCCAGGGAAUCACUUCCAGUGAGGCCCUCACUCAGCCCAAAAUGGCCCAAUUCCAAGUCCAGAAGCCAGACAUCCACCUGGCUGUGAAUGGCCCUACUUCCAGAACUCCUCAGAGUAUCACUCCUCCACAGGGAGAGGACUGUGAAGCUGUGGUGGGAGAGGAGGAAGACGGGGCACUGCUGCUAAGGAUCCUGGAAAGCAUUGAGAGCUUUGCCCAGGAGCUGGUAGAUUCUGGAGCAGGAAGCACAGGGAGUGCUGAGAGGAACAGUGGGAAGGAGCGGGAGGUGAUGAGGCUUCUGCAGGAUACACUGGCCACCACUGGCAGGGCUGACACCCCUUUGGAGGGCCCAGACCCACCAGCUCCUCCUCCUGCCCCUUCCAGGCAUACGGUUGCAGUCCCAGCUAUACCACCAAAACACUCCCUAGCAAGUACACUUGCAGUUUCAUCUGCACCGACAACUGUUACUCCGGUGUGUGAAGCUGGGGGGAGUGCUACAUCAGAACCUGCACCAGAUGCUGCCCCCCAGGCUUUGCCUACGCCUAUACCUGAACCUAUAACUGAGGCUACUGAGAAAGUCACAGAAUUCUCUACAGAUGAGACGGAUCCAAAAUCCAUCCCUUGUCCUGUAACGCCGGCAAGUUUGCAUUCAUCCACACAUUCAGUUGAACCUACACCUGUGGCUGCACCUGAUGCUCCAGCCCCUGUUACCAUCCCAGUGGUGUUAGCCACAAGAGAUGAUGCUGUUGCUGUUGGUGACCCCGCUGCUGUGAGAGACACUGGAUCAACCCUUCUCAUCCAGCAGACUCCAGAGGUGAUCAGAGUCCAGUCCAAACCAGAAAAGAAACCAGGCACACCUCCUCCAGCCCCUGCACUGGCCUCAGCCCCACCCGCCCCCACACCGCGCUCGCCCAGCCCUCCUCCGGCUCCGGUGAUAGCCGCCCCUCCUCCGCCUGCCAUCAACAUUCCCAGGUUCUACUACCCUCGUGGGCUCCCUGCCAUGGGCCCGGUCGCUAACCACGAUGCAGCUAUUGCUGCCAUCGAGACGGCCUUCUCUGAGUUUGAGGAGGAGAAGGCUGACAUAUACGAAAUGGGCAAGAUUGCAAAGGCGUGCGGGUGUCCGCUUUACUGGAAGGCCCCCAUGUUUUACUCAGCGGGCGGCGAGAGGACAGGCUUUGUCUCUGUUCACUCCUUCGUGGCAACCUGGAGGAAGUUGUUGCACAGUUGCCAUGACGAUUCAUCAAGGUUCAUUUACCUGCUAUCUAAGCCCAGCUGUAACUACCUGGAGCAGGAGGACUUCAUUCCUCUUCUGCAAGACAUAGUGGAUACACACCCUGGACUCACAUUUCUGAAGGACGCACCUGAAUUCCAUUCCCGCUAUAUAACAACGGUGAUCCAGCGGAUAUUCUACGUGGUGAACCGUUCAUGGACGGGUCGUAUCACCAUGAUGGAGCUGCGCCGGAGCAAUUUCCUCCAGACCUUGGCCCUGCUGGAGGAGGAGGACGACAUCAAUCAGAUCACUGACUACUUCUCCUACGAACACUUCUACGUCAUCUACUGCAAGUUCUGGGAGCUGGACACAGACCAUGACCUCUACAUCGACCCCAAAGACCUGGCCAGAUACAACGACCAUGCUUGCUCAAACAGAGUCAUUGAAAGAUUGUUUUCAGGGGCUGUUACUCGGGGUAACGCCGUGCAAAGAGAAGGCAGGAUGAGCUACGCUGAGUUUGUCUGGUUCCUCAUAUCUGAAGAAGACAAGAAAAAUCCCACCAGUAUAGAGUACUGGUUCCGCUGCAUGGACACAGAUGGGGAUGGUAUCCUGUCCAUGUUUGAGUUGGAGUAUUUCUAUGAGGAACAGUGUGAGAGGAUGGAAAGGAUGGGCAUCGAACCUCUGCCCUUCCAGGAUUUGCUCUGCCAGAUGCUCGACCUGGUCAAACCUGAGAGCCAAGGCAAGAUAACUCUUGGUGAUUUGAAGCGCUGUCGGAUGGCCCACAUAUUCUUUGACACCUUUUUCAAUCUGGAGAAAUACCUGGACCACGAACAGAGAGACCCAUUUGCUGUGCAAAAGGAUAUUGAUAGCGAUGGUCCGGAGCCAUCUGACUGGGAUAAAUAUGCCUCAGAGGAGUAUGAGAUACUGGUGGCAGAGGAGACUGCAAAUGAACAGCUACAUGAGGGGUCAUUUGAUGAUGACUAUGAAUCCGAGGAGCUUCAGGUUCCUGGAGAGAUUGGAAAUAAAAUGGAAAAACUGGUUAUAUCAGACCUGUCAGCGUAAUCGUCCUACCACAGAAUUCCUGGGGUUUUCUCUCUGGAAAACAAACAGGAAAAAAGGUGACAGAAGGUCCCUUUGGAUGGGCGCAUCAUAAAAUACGUUGAUGUAAAGACACAGAGAGAAAAUGAUUGUGGCUUCUGUUUUUCAAAGACUUGGGAGCCUCCUCAGAAUGGACUCAGUGGUUUUGGUGUGUGUGACCGUAAACCAGAACUGUUCUGUGUCUGGUGCAGUAACACUUCUGUAUUUAUACAGAAAACAAUGUUACUCCAUCUGAGAGGACAGAGCCAGCCAAGGUGGAGAAGUGUACUGUGUGUUCUUAAAGGAAUCAAGAACAAAACCCUGUAAAAUAAUCUAAUAAACAUUGUGAGGUCUCUACUGACAAUCCAGCCAUAAGACAAUCACCUGAAUUUUAGUUGUAAAUGUACAGAACAAUGCUACAACUGACACGUAGACUGCCAGUCACACAAACAGACUGACUCCUAUUUGGAGAAACAGCAAAACGGAAGCAAGUAAAUAUAAAUAGUCACUGCCACAGUCACAAAACAGUCAGCUGCUCAGUUAUGACACAUUCAAACAGACACUGCCGUCAGAAACCAGCUUGUCACUGUGUUUCCUUGUUAGAGGAAGUAGUUAAACCUCCAGUCCCUUAGGGGAGGAAUGGUUUGUGCGGUUGUAACAGUACCUCUCUCUGGCCGGUCUCUGCUACUGCAUGCCGUCGCCGUCAUGCACGGGUGCAUCAUGGCUGGCCAACCUUGAAAGUGGGAGUUCAGUUCACUGCACAGUCUGAGCUGCUCUAUUAUUAGUGCGGCAUUAUCAGCGCUCCACCUCUGGACUCGCUUUGCAAUUAUUUCUAAACCCUGGAAAAAGUCUCUGACUACAUGGACUGAAAUGUACCAGCCAUUCACUUCACUCAGUCAGGUCCCAGUGAGACGUAUACUCAUGAAAUGAUGCAUGUUGACAAACAUAUCAAACUCUCUGGUAGAGUUGCCUACACAUUUCCAAAGGUAACAUUUGUAAGGACUCAACAGAUAUGCAUAAGAACUGUGACUUUUUCCUGUUAGUCUCAUUCAGUUAUCCAGCAUAUCCAUCUGUAUGUUUUCUCACACCGUGUUGAUUGUGUACAGUACCUGGUGAUUAUUUUGAACCGUUUCUGUCAUUUAUGCCAAAUUUUUGCGUGUGUGUAGAAAUUUCAGUGCCAUACAUAAUUUGUUUAUGAAACUGUCUAAAGUCCAUUCUCCCUGUAGCACACAUACCAAACACAACAAUGCCUCUUAAAGGGUCAGAUCACCCUUAGCCAAACAUAAGUUUUAUAAAGUCCAUCUCAGAGGUUUUUUUUUUCUUUUGUUUGUUUGUUGUUGUUUUUUUGCCUUGGCCGCAUUGCAGCGGAACUGAAGGGAAUUUUAUUGUGGUUCUUACAACAUUGGAAAAUUUUUCAUUGGAGCUGCUAUACUGAAGAGGAGUCUUUACGUAAACUCCUGACAGUAAGUUCUGUGAAUUAUCCACAGUGACAGCAACACUUGUUGUGGAAAGACAUGCUUUCCACCAGCUUUAAGCACUAACAUGCAUCCUUUGACCUUUAUUACAUUGUGAAUGAAGGCAGGAAUGUCAGAAUCUCACAGAACUGUAUCUGACAAAAUGGGCAAAAAAAAAUAAUUAUUUGCAUAGAUAGAUACACUAAGUGAGAUUUUGUCUUUUCAUAUGGGUGAACUAACCCUUUAAGGCCAUUAUUUACUGUGCUGCACUCACAGGGGCAGGUGCAACUAUGUACACUGCCUUUACUGUAAAAGCUAGGAGUGUGUGUUUGCUUAUAAAUCACUGAUAGAGGGGUGGGUUUUAAGAGUGUGUGUGAUGUGUAGCUCUCAGUUUCUGGCUGUUUAUAUGUCAUAGUUGUUGCCAUGGGGACAUGUUCCCGAAGUCAGUGUGUGUAUGUGUGCGCUCUUUAUUUAGGAGUGGGCCAGCUCUUGCCCCCACUGGCUUCAAAUUCACUGGCAUUUACCUCCUUUUACAGGCACUUACUGUACACAGACGCAUUCAUACACACACCACACUAUAGUUACUAUUGGAAAGGAGACAGAGAGCUUGUGGUUGCUUUUAAGGCCUUAAGGACCUUGAAUUUCUCCCUUAUGCUCUAUAGCCAUUGUAAAUGUGCCAGGCUGUGUAUUAAACUAUAUUAUUAUAAUAAUAACAGUAAUAAUAAGCCAUUAUAAAUGUAACGGCUUUGAUUUUUUUGAUGUACUUUUGACAGGUUGUAUUUGCUGUGCCACUGUGUGGCUCGGGAUCGGGGGGGUGCAUUAAAUUAUGUUAGAUGUGCGUAUGUUUGUGUGUUAGACACACGGUGGAUUUCAUCAGCAGAGUAUGAGGCGAUCUUCUGGAGGACUGACCUGACAAUCACUACUAUGUGAAGUAAUUCUCGUACGAAGACCUCUGUGACUGAUGUUUCACUGCUGCGCUCAUGCACACACUCACACAUCCUCAAGGAGACCAACUCAUCCAGACAGUAUUUAUGAAGAACUGCUGAAGGAGUUGAGAUGUCUCCAGUUCACAAUUUUCUGGCUCUGUGUGAAACUGAUGCUGUGCUCACGCAUACAGCACCAAGCAAGGAGCAAAGCCAUGCAAGACUUUAACUCUGAACUUACAUCUCUACUGUGGUAGAGAGGUAGAGAGAAGACUUUUACUUUGAAGUACAUCCUCGGUGCAGAGGAGACUUGGAUAGGCUGAGAUGUGUUCAAAUUCUGAUGGUUAUUGUAUUGGCAUGGUUUUCUUUCUGUCCACCUUUCUUUCUUUCUUCUUUCCUUGCCCUGUCCCCUGUUAUUGUUGCUUUUGUCUGAAGUUAAAAUAAAGAUGUUUUGAGAUUGUU